UUAAACUGAGGACCGGCUUUGAGAUGGUGACGCUGCUUCAGACCUCUGGCUGCUGAUUGGCUCAGCGCCGAAUCUCCGCUGCUGAUUGGUGCGGCAAUCCUUUCAACAAGCCCGCCAAAACUCAGAGCUCUCCGCGGACAUAAAAGGAGGGUUUGGGCUGUUGUUGGCUCACGCUCGCUUUGAGAAAUCAUCGUAAACAUGUCUGGACGAGGAAAAACCGGAGGCAAAGCCAGAGCUAAGGCCAAGACCAGGUCUUCUCGUGCCGGGCUUCAGUUCCCAGUCGGCCGUGUCCACAGGCUGCUCCGCAAAGGGAACUACGCUCAGCGUGUCGGUGCCGGAGCCCCCGUGUACCUGGCGGCCGUGCUGGAGUACCUGACCGCUGAGAUCCUGGAGCUGGCUGGAAACGCUGCCCGCGACAACAAGAAGACCCGCAUCAUCCCCCGCCAUCUGCAGCUGGCCGUCCGCAACGACGAGGAGCUCAACAAGCUGCUGGGCGGAGUGACCAUCGCUCAGGGCGGCGUGCUGCCCAACAUCCAGGCCGUCCUGCUGCCCAAGAAGACCGAGAAGCCCGCCAAGAAGUAAACAACCGAGGCUCUCUGACUGCUGGAAACCGGCCCCCCAAAAGGCUCUUUUAAGAGCCAAACACUUCUGAUAAAGAGCGCCGAUUCCCAUGUUUCUCUUCUGCACUUGCACCUUUUAAUCUUAUGAUUCACACAUUAAUGAUUUUAGUUUACCUGUGGAUUGUGGGUUUACAUGAAUGUAUUAAUUGCCGUGGAUGACUAUAUUAUGAUUAAGUUGGACUUGUGUCUGAUGAACACAGAAAAAUACACAUUGCAGGCAAUAUAUGCAUUUAAAGAAGAAUUUCCUAUUUGUGUGUUUACUAUAAAUAUCCCCUUUUAACUGCUAAGGAAUUAAUUAUUUAUGUGAAG